CAUCCCUACCAAUUGGAUUAUUUCUUAUCAUCAAAUGUCUAUGAAAUAAUUGUGUCAAAAUGAAUUGAGGUAUUUUUCCUCAAAAUUUGCGAGGUAACUUUUGUUUUUUUUACGAAUCUGUUGAAAAACUAUAUGGAUAGCAAAUAAAGCAGCGAAAUGCAAUUAAAGUAUCGUGCACACUAAUUAUCGCGAGUGGCGGCGGCUAUUUUAACAUUUGUAUUUCAUCAUAAUUUAAAUUUUUUUUUGCGCCGGUUUAUCAGUGCCCUACAAUUGUGUAAAGUCAACGUUGAGUAAUUUGAAUAUGAAGUCGGAAGUCGUGCCUAAGACAACAAAUCUUCUAUUGGAAGACCCUAAAUUUCGCAUACGACCUUUACAGCAAGUAGUCUCUGCCUGCACAGGUGCACUCAUUACAGCAUGUUUUAUGACGCCAUUAGACGUGGUAAAAACGCGCCUGCAAGCACAACAAACCGCUACAAAUAAGUGUUUCCUCUAUUGCAAUGGUUUAAUGGAUCACCUUUGUCCAUGUGAUCCGAAUAUGCCCAAUCAACUUAAACCUGAAAAGCGUUUGAAUGGCACAAUUGAUGCAUUUGUUAAAAUUGCACGACACGAAGGUGUUGGUUCGCUGUGGUCUGGCCUAAGUCCCACACUUGUAUCAGCGCUACCAUCAACAAUUGUUUAUUUCGUCGCCUAUGAACAGUUCAAACAACAUGCGCUCGAAUUCCACUACAAAUAUUUAGCCGAGGUAAAGGGCUCGCCACGCGGUCGAGAGAUACCUUUCCAUAUACCAAUGCUCAGUGGAGUGUCGGCGCGUGUUUGUGCGGUCACUUUUGUUAGUCCGUUAGAGCUGAUUCGCACAAAAAUGCAGUCACAAAAAAUGAGCUACGACGAAAUUGUCUCCACUGUGCGUGUGGUUAUGAAAACGCAGGGUUUCUUCGGCUUGUUUCGUGGUUUGCCACCAACAAUUCUGCGUGACGUGCCCUUUUCUGGUAUAUAUUGGACUUGCUAUGAGAAUAUUAAAAGCAUGUUCGGUGUACAAGAGCCAACAUUUGGUUUUAGCUUUAUGGCAGGUGCUAUCUCUGGCUCGUUGGCGGCGACCAUUACAACACCAUUCGAUGUUGUCAAAACACAUGAACAAAUUGAAUUUGGCGAAAGGGUUCUUUUCACAGACAAACCAGCCGCUUAUGUCUCCAAUAUGAAUGUAAGACAGCGGCUAUGGUCUAUUUAUCGCUUAAAUGGCCUAAAAGGUUUAUUUGCGGGUCUAUGGCCACGUUUAUUAAAAGUGGCGCCAGCUUGUGCCAUAAUGAUUUCAACUUUUGAAUACAGCAAGGCAUUCUUUUAUCACUACAAUGUGGAGAAGCACAAUGAGGCCUUGUUAAUAUCAAACCAAAAAGAGAAUGAUGCUUGAAAAUUAUUGAGACAUUGUGAUACUAUACCUAAGUUUCUGUAAAACUAAACAAAAAUUGCUACCAAUCCAAGGGAAACGUUGAAUAAUUACUUGAUCAUGAAAAUAAUUCAUUGAAGUGGUUGGAAUCGUAAUGAAGUGUAAAUGUAAUAUAUAAUUUGAUAUAGUCAUUUGUACCUUUUAAUAUUUUUGUCUAGUUCGUAAAAUUUGAUAUUUAUAUAUUGGUAUUUUCAUUGUUCUUAACCUCAAUAAUGCCGCCAACCGUUAUAAUGGUAGUUAGCACAAGUUACCUAAUUAUCUGUGUACAUCUUCAUUUGAAUCGAAGAAAUUCAAAAGAUAUGCGUUUAUCUAUUUUUACAAUAUACGAGCAGAAACAAGUGCAAAAAGCCAUGUUCAAUAUUAUGUAAAUAAACACUGCUUGUGUGGCUUAAAGCAAUAAUUCACAAUUGCUAAACCCUAAUAUUUAAAUGUAUUCAUUUAUGACUAAAAUAAUCGGUAAGAUUCAAAUAUACAAAAGUGAAAGUUUCAAAACGAGUGAAAUAAAAGCAAAACUUAACAGUGCAUGUGAAAGUGUAUAUAAUUUAAACUCGUUCAAAAACUAAAAAAAAAGAAAUUGGAUAGGUGCUCAUUUAAAAAAUUUACCGAUAAAUUUAUUGUAUCGAUAUUUGCAGUUAAGUUUACAAUUGUAUCAGUUUCUAGUCAAAUACAAAAAAUGCAACCUUAAAUAUUUUGUGGAUCUUAAUUCUACUGCCAGAUUACUAGUGGAAUGAAGAAAUGUCAAACUUCUAAUAAAAAAUAAUAACACGUGUGUACGUAUUUAAUUAAAUUCAAGAAAAUAAUUUUCAAAUUAGCAACAUGACCGAGGAAAAUCAAGACGUGACAACCGAAGAAAUCGAGCAAAAGACGGACAAGCCCGUAGAAAAUAAAGAAACCAAUGAGAAUGUUCCCACAAAUGAACCAGCUUCUGAGCCAACAAAAGUUAAGAAACAAUCGGCGGUGAAGAAGCCAACAAAAAAGAAAUCCACUGAAAACAACCCAAUACGCGGUUUACCCAAGUCUGGACGUCCAUGGAAAACACCAAAGCAAAAGUUUGCAACUAUUAAGAAGUCUACAAAGCGUUUAUCAUUCGAAAAGAAAAUGGAGCUGCGUAAUGAACUGAGGCAUAUAAAGGAAUUAUCGAAGGAUAUAAAAGAGCAGCGCAAGGAAGCGGCCGUGCAAAAGAAUCAAAGACGUGUGGAAAAUGCUGAACGCCGGUUGGCCAAUGAGCGGCGAGCUGAAGUUGUGCAGAUAAUUAAGAAUCCAUCUAAAUUGAAACGUUUGAAGAAGAAGCAAAUGCGUAUGAUUGAGAAACGCGAUGUUAGUCAAGUGAAAGUGGUGUAAUUGAGCUCGUAGAAUGAAUCCUAAAGGGUAGCCUAGUAAUCAGCUCAAAGCGGGAGGGUAGAUUAAGUUUUGUAGUUACUAUACAUAUGUAUAUUUUUGUAAAAAGAAAAUUGCAAAAUUGAGUGUACUGAAAACAUAAUAUUUAGAUGAUAUUGUGAAGGAGAUUUCAUUAUUUAAACUCUACUGGUGCGUGUUCAUGCAUUUACUAAUAAAUAUCUGUCAACACGAA